UCGCGCGAGCCGACUACUCUUUAAUUACGGAAAAAGAAAAAAAAGACUCCCUUCUUCUUCGUCUUCGUAAUUUUCAAUCUCUGCAAAAUAUGGCGGUUAAUUCUCCGACGAGUCGCUGCGCCGCUCAUCUCAGCCGCACCCUCGCUCCUCGCUUCCCUCUCCCUCUCCUCAACCGGACCUUCCGCCGGCCCAGUUUCCGCCCCGACUCAUCCCCCGCCAGGCUCUUCUCCGUCCGCUGCCACACGCCGUCGCCGGACGCCUCUCGGUCCAGCCGGCCCGAAGCUGCGAUCAAGUCCUCCUCCGCCUCGUCCGCCAUUGAUUUUCUCACAUUGUGCCACUCCCUCAAGACGACGAAGAGGAAAGGGUGGGUGAAUCAUGGAAUAAAGGGGGAGUCGAUUGCUGACCAUAUGUAUCGCAUGGCUCUGAUGUCUUUGAUUGCUGGCUAUAUCCCUGGUUUGAAUAGAGAAAGGUGUAUUAAGAUUGCUAUUGUGCAUGACAUUGCAGAAGCUAUUGUUGGAGAUAUAACACCAGCUGAUAAUGUGCCUAAGAAGGAAAAGAGCAGAAUGGAAGAAGCAGCUUUGAACGAAAUGUGCGUAGUUCUUGGUGGAGGGAUGAGAGCUGAAGAGAUCAAAGAACUUUGGGCAGAAUAUGAAAACAAUUCCUCUGUAGAGGCUAAUCUCGUUAAGGAUUUUGACAAAGUUGAAAUGAUUCUGCAAGCAUUGGAGUAUGAAAUGGAACAUGGAAAAGUGCUGGACGAGUUUUUCAUUUCCACAGCAGACUGAUCUAGGGAAGAGUUGGGCAGCUGAGAUCAUUUCUAGGAGAAAUACACAGCUGGGCGAAAUCCAGAACUGAUUUCCUCUUUGCAGUCAAAGCCGUUCCUUUUCUGAAGACACACCCUAUGUGCAUGUUCCCAGUACUGCAGGGAAAUUACAUGACCUAAACAAGUCUGAUAUAACAACUCUGGAGAUAUAGGCGAGAAAAGAGCAAGGAAAAUGUCAGAUAGGUGAAGACUGCUAACUGAACUGAACAUGGAAGUAGGAAACCCUCUUUAUACUUCAUAAUUUUGAAUUUCCCAUUAGUCACUUUCUCUGAAUACAUCAGUUAGAGGUCUGCUAAACUUUCUAACUUCUGUUACUAUAGACUUGCUAAAUUUUGAAUGAAUAGGAUCAAACAUUACGCAGGAAAUGGUAUCUUUUUUACAUCUCUGGGUUGAGCAGACCCGAAAACGUAAUAAGGUUUGGUAAUUGGGUUUGGCGAGGUCAGUCUCAGUGUUCCAACCCAACUCAAUGACAUUGUUCACAUGGUGAUCUGAUCUCUCUGUCACAAUCAUGAAUAGAAAGCUUCUGAUAAUUUAGAGGCCCUUAAAUUCCUACGUAGUAUGAUGAGCUUUAGUGGGAAGGCUAUGAUCUUUCACGUUCAGGUUAACAAGUGUUUUUCACUUGUGUUCACUCAUGUUUGUUUGUGCAAACGUGUGUGUCAAAUCUAUGGUUCCUUUUACUUUUCGUAGCCAUUCUAGCCUUCUAGAUAGAUAUGCAUCGCACCAACAUAUUUUGUUGGGAAAUAUUCUCUCAUGAGUCUCAUUAUUGUGGUGAGGUCGGUAUUUAACUCCAAAUAAACACAUAACGUCAGAUUCUGUUA